UCCAAAAUGGCGAACGGAACGAUUCUGUCGGUGUUUGUGUGUUUGGCAGCGGUGUCUGGUUGUUUAGCCGUGACACCGGUCGUCAUAUGGCAUGGCAUGGGUGACAGUUGCUGUAACCCAAUGAGUAUGGGAAGCAUUAAAAAGCUGAUAGAGAAGGAAAUCAAGGGUGUUUAUGUCAACAGUUUGAUGAUUGGUGACAGCAUCGCCUCGGACACAACAAAUGGCUUCUUCAUGAAUGCCAAUGACCAGAUUGCUAUGGCAUGUGACAAGAUUGCUAAGGAUCCUAAACUCCAGAAUGGAUACCAUUCCAUUGGAUUUUCUCAAGGAGGACAGUUCCUGCGAGCUGUUGCCCAGAGAUGCCCAAACCCACCCAUGCUGAAUCUGGUUUCUGUAGGAGGCCAGCACCAAGGUGUGUUUGGGUUUCCGAAGUGUCCUGGAGAAAAUGAAACCUUGUGUGAUGAAGUCAGAAAACUCCUCAACGUUGGUGCCUAUGUGAGUUUUGUCCAGGACAAUUUGGUUCAGGCUGAAUACUGGCAGGACCCCUUUAAUGAGGAUGAAUACAGAAAGUACAGUGUGUUUCUGGCAGACAUCAACCAGGAAAAGGUAAAGAAUGCCACCUACAAGGCUAAUCUGCAGAAGCUCAAGAACUUUGUGAUGCUCAAGUUUACUCUUGACACCAUGGUCCAGCCUAGGGAGAGUGAGUGGUUUGGAUUUUACACACCUGGACAAGACAAGGAAGUUGUUCCCCUGCAAAAUACUCCACUGUACACAGAGGACUGGCUUGGACUGAAGGCUAUGGAUGCUACAAAACGUCUCCACUUCCUAAGCUACCCUGGUGACCAUCUCCAGUUCUCAGAAGAAUGGUUCAUUGCCAAUAUUGUCAAACCUUUUCCUUUCACAGUAGGCAGCAUUGAAAAACAGAAGGGGCAAACAGCCCAUCAGUUGUCCUCAAAAUAAUUACUUGUAUGAAGAAUCAAAAGUCAUUUAAGAUGGUUAAACGAUAAUUAAUUCUGAAAUAAAUCAGCCAUCAAGUUUGGCAGAAUAGAUAGAGGAUUGAUUAAAAAGGAGAAUCAAAAGCACUUUGAAAUGAGUAAAUAAAAAACAAUGACAUAUUUCGAAUCAUUCGAAAAGCACACUAAUAAAUCAGGAAUGAAAUAUCAGGAGGUCAGUCGUCCAUUCCAAGUCUAGUUUACUUUUGUCUCCUUCAAUAAAAUUUAAUACCCUGUAGCUUUUGAUGCAAGGGAGACAACUCUGUGAUAUAAAAUUGAAUUUACCUUUGAAAUAAAUUUGAUUAAGAGAAAAGGAAUUAGUUAAUUAUCAGUAAACAAAUUUCAUAUUGUUUUGUUUAAUUUCUGCACAAACACAAUUUGUUUCUUAUAUUAAUUUUGUGAUUACCUGAUUUUGAUAUGCUGAAAGAGAAGAGGAUACAAUGAUAGGCAUAUAAUUAAUAUAAAAUACAACUACAUUUUUGUAAUAGAUUUCAAGCCAAACGAAUUUGAAAUAUUUACCGUCUUUCUCCCAAAUUCAUCAUCAGAAAGGUAGUCUUCAUCAACUUUAAUUUUUGUCUCUGUAAAAUACCUAACAUAGUGUCUUAAGAGCACAGGGACAUGCACCAAUGUUUCUAAGGGAGAAGCCUUGUGUAGUACAUGUAUAUUAUAAGUAGUUGUUACAUGCCCCUGUGCUUAAGAGUGUAUAUAAUGAUAAUACAAACCUGCUUAUUAACCAAAUAUUAAUGUAUGUCAAUUUCAUCAGCUGUAAGCAUACAUGUAUGUAUGCAUAUAAGACGAAGUAUGUUUGAAAAGUGUAACCUGUUUUCUUAUAUGAUGAUAUUAAAUAAGGCAUCUAAAAAUAACUAUUGCAUUUUACGGAAAAAGACAGUGUAUACAAUGUAUUCCACUUUGUGAUAUAUAGGUGUAAACCUUUAUCUAAGUGCUCGGUAUAUUUAUGGCGUCUGUGAUCACUCAGAAGUCGAGUGUCGUGAGAUUAAUGUUAUUUGUAUAAAUAUUGCAAUCCAUGAUUUUUUGUAAUAAAUAUUGAUUUUGUAUGAUAUAAAAA